AUCGUCGGCGGCUACGUGCUACAUCGCUACAUCUCCCAACUCAUUCCCGUUCAUUCGAAUGCGUCGAUCUCGCUAUCCAUAUAGAUACGCAGCUAUAAUAGACAUCGCGGGCAUGGUCGAGUCGUGUGUACAAUACAGUAUGCGCUUAGAUUUCAACGCGAUUAUUUGGCAGGAUUGGGUCAGCUGGAGCUGAAACUGAAGGUGCCAUUCGCCUUUCUACUUACGUAGCCAGUCAGUCAAGAGGGAGGGAAGUGCCGUGAAAGUGAACGACGCGAAUAAUCGUCACGAGCCCGUCGUCGGCAUUGUGUGUAAAGUGUUGACGUGUAGAUUUCCUAGUGGAUUUCCCAAAUAUGAAUCGCUGCUGCUGGCUUAGGCUGCUCAAGUGGAGUGCGGUGUGAAUAAAGCAUCUGUCGAAUUAGUGUGAUAAAGCCAUUUGGAUGCAUCGUAUCGCGAAAAAUAUCUCAAUGAAAACCGAAAACCAGUGAAUGAGUCCAACGUGAAUAAGCUAUUGAAUAACAUUUCAGUUUAGUAUAAAUAAUAACAGUGUCUCUGGUCCAAACAGCAGCAACAAAUGAAUGAAGCGACAAUGUCAGUGUCAAUGGCACCAAAAGGGCGCAGAAUAUCUUCCGGUCAUUUGCACCGGUUCCAGUGGUUUAUCGUAGGUUUUGUAGCGCUGCUGAGUGUGGUGAACUAUUCAACCAGUGGAUACUUUUACAACGAGGGAGACGAUUCCAGCAAAGACAGAUUCUGCUUUUGUCAGCUCCAGGGAACAAUCGACGACUGCAGUUGCAAUGUGGACACCGUGGAUUUUUACAACAACGUCAAGAUCUUCCCCCGGUUGCGCAGUCUUCUUGUCAAGGACUUCUUCCGCUACUAUAAGGUGAAUCUCAUGAAGGAAUGCCCUUUCUGGGUGGAUGACAGCAAGUGCGCGAUGCGGUUCUGCCACGUGGAACAAUGCGAACAGAAAGACAUCCCACCGGGACUGAAGGGCGACGUGUCGUCUUAUCGCAAGUACCUGAAGGAAGUGCAAACACUGACUAAUUGCAACGAAGAUCUUGAUGUGGAGCUCGGAUAUCUAAACACAAGUAUAAGCGAUAAUGCUCACAGGGAGUUCCAAAAGUGGGCCGACUAUGACGAAGCUCAGGAUAAUUUCUGCAUAUCCGACGAUCAUGAACCGGGUGCCGAGUAUGUAGACUUGCUGCUGAACCCGGAGAGAUAUACGGGCUAUCGGGGAGAAUCCGCCAGAAGAAUUUGGAGCAGCAUCUACUUAGAAAAUUGUUUCCAGUCCCACUCAAUCCGCCGCAAAAACCCAUAUGCUGCCAUGAUCCCGUACCACGAUAUGACCCAGAACGAAGUUUGCAUCGAGCAUCGCGUUUUUUACCGAAUGAUCUCCGGCCUGCAUUCCAGUAUUAACAUCCAUCUUUGUGCCAACUAUCUUCUGUCGGAGAAAUCAUCCAUGGGCUUCGUGUCUCCUACCGGAGUGUGGGGUACCAACAUGGAAGAAUUUGAACGACGAUUCAGUCCACAGACAACCGACAACGAAGGACAACACUGGCUGAGGAAUUUGUACUUUGCGUACCUCGUUGAACUGAGAGCGUUGGCCAAAGCGGCUCCAUACCUUCGCAACGAGGAAUACUUCACCGGGCGGGAAAAGGAGGAUCGAGAAGUGAGAGUAGCGGUGAAGGAUUUGCUCAACGUCAUCGAAAGCUUCCCAUCGCACUUCAAUGAAUCGGUCAUGUUCAGCGGUGGAACCUCGUCGGUGAAGGUUAAAAAUGAAUUCCGAGAGAAGUUCAUGAACAUUUCUAAAAUUAUGGAUUGCGUUGGCUGUGAUAAGUGUCGAUUAUGGGGAAAAUUACAGGUCCAAGGAAUGGGAACAGCACUGAAAAUACUGUUCUCUGGAAAGUUCGACGACGAUCUGGAUUCAAAUCUACAGACUAAAUUGAAACCAGACAACUCCCAGUUCAAGCUCAAAAGAGCAGAAAUUGUAGCACUAUUCAAUGCAUUUGGAAGACUUUCCACGAGCAUACACGAACUGGAAGAAUUCAGACAGCGAAUGCGGUGAAUAGCUUUGUGAUACGUCCCAACUAGUUAAAUCAAUCAAUUACCAGACUGGCAGUGAACUGAAAACAGUGAUACAGGUGCUUACGUGAUGUAAUACAGCUAUAAAACCCUGGGGGAGUCAAUACAGAGGGGAAGACAGGCAAUCUAAGGCUCAAGUGUUGCAUUCUGGACAAUGCGGUCGAAAGCAUUU